CAUGCUUGCAGCUUUUGCUCCUGUUUUUUCACCUCGUCUCCUCUUGCGAGCCUUUUUGCUUCCUGCUCCUUCAAAGUGUCUUGUUGGUGCUGGAACGUGGCACGUCCUCUGUAUGUGAUGAGCUUUUUAAUCCCUGCUCGCUGCCGAACUUUGUGCCGUACUUGCUGCCAGAGCCACAGGAAAUCAGAGAGGGAAAUCACUUUAAAUCACCACCUGAUACAUUUUUGAAGUUGAAAAAUCUGAGAUGCAUUAGAAUUCAGAGACCUCCCUUUGCUUAAGGAGGUGUCCUGGCAGUAAGCGGGUGCAGCCUGCCCAGAGGAAGGGAAGCAGGCUGCCUAGCGCGGGGACUCCUCCAGCUUGUUUGUGCUGCUCAGGCAGAGAUGAGCUGGUUGGUUUUGUUGUACAGCUGAAGGGCUGGUCGUGCCUAAAACCUCAUUUUCAGAGGUUUUUAUUUUUCCUCGUUUGUACGCCUGUGAGAAUCAGCUCAGUGCAGCUGUGCCUCCAAGCUCCCUCUGAGGCUCCAGGUCCGGUGCGUGGGAGGUGCGUGGCCUCCUGCCCUGGGCACCCCCCGGGAGAGCUGUCGGAGUGCUGCCGGGUGGACUCGCUCUCUGCACAUUGCAGGAAGAAUCCAUCCCCUCGUUGCAACCACCUCCUGAACCCCCUGAGGGCUGUCGCUUGGGAAAGCAAAACCCAAACCCGCUUCAUCCUUGCAGAAGCAGAGUGAUCCCUCUUCUAAUUAGGAGAAGGUGGCAGGAGGCAGCAAAAUCAGACUCUCUUGUGCUCCCACAAAAAUGAGAAAUAGGUAUGGUGUGAAUAUGCGUUGCUUGGCAGCUCGGGUCAACUACAAGACUCUGAUCAUCAUCUGUGCCCUCUUCACGCUGGUGAUGGUGCUGCUCUGGAACAGAUGCUCCUCUGACAGAGCCGGCCCGUUCCCCCGCAGCCUCGCCGGCCCCGAACGCCGAGGAGCCGCUGCCUCUGAGAGCGACCUGGCCCGGCAGCAGAGCGAAGAGGCAUCGCCCCAGGAGCAGCAGAAGGCUCCCCCCAUCGCGGGAGGCUUUAACAGCAACAAAGCCCCGGGGCUGAAGUACGAGGAGAUUGACUGUUUAAUCAAUGACGAGCACACCGUUAAAGGGAGGAGGGAAGGCAACGAGGUCUUCCUGCCAUUCAGCUGGGUAGAGAAAUACUUUGAGGUUUAUGGGAAAAUUGCUCAGUACGAUGGUUAUGACAGGUUUGAAUUCUCUCAUAGCUACUCCAAAGUAUACACACAGCGAGCACCUUACCACCCCGACGGGGUCUUCAUGUCCUUCGAGGGCUACAACGUAGAGGUUCGAGACAGAGUGAAGUGCAUAAGUGGUGUUGAAGGUGUGCCAUUGUCCACGCAGUGGGGACCUCAAGGCUAUUUCUACCCCAUCCAGAUCGCACAGUAUGGGUUGAGUCACUACAGUAAAAACCUGACGGAGAAACCCCCCCAUAUCGAGGUGUAUGAAACGGCCGAAGAGAAGGACAAAACCAGCAGGUCCACGGACUGGACAGUGCCCAAAGGCUGCUCUCUGUCCACAGUCUCUGAUAAAGCCAAGUUCACGAGCGUCAAACAGUUUGUUGCUCCAGAAAAUACCGAGGGGGUAUCUCUGCAGCUUGGGAACACGCGAGAUUUUAUUAUUUCUUUCGAUCUCAAAUUCAUAACGAAUGGGAGCAUUUCUGUGGUUCUCGAGACGACGGAGAAGAACCAGCUUUUCACCGUGCACUACAUCUCCAACACGCAGCUCAUUGCUUUUAAGGACCGAGACAUCUACUACGGCAUCGGUCCCAGGACUGGCUGGAGCACCCUCACCAGAGACCUGGUCACCGACCUGCGGAAAGGCGUCGGCCUCUCGAACACAAAAGCUGUGAAGCAAACCAAAAUCAUGCCCAAGAGAGUGGUGAGGCUGGUAGCAAAGGGAAGAGGCUUCCUCGAUAACAUCACCAUCUCAGCCACUGCUCACAUGGCGGCUUUUUUUGCUGCCAGCAACUGGCUGGUGAGGAACCAGGACGAGAGAGGGGGCUGGCCCAUCAUGGUGACGAGGAAAUUAGGGGAAGGUUUCAAGUCCUUGGACCCAGGCUGGUACUCGGCCAUGGCACAAGGACAGGCCAUCUCAACGCUGGUGCGAGCGUACCUGCUGACGAAGGACCACGCGUUCCUCAGCUCAGCUCUGCGGGCGACGGCACCCUACAAGCUGCCCUCGGAGCAGCGCGGGGUGAAGGCAGUCUUCAUGAACCGGCACGACUGGUACGAGGAGUACCCCACCUCGCCCAGCUCCUUCGUGCUCAACGGUUUCAUGUACUCCUUAAUUGGGCUGUAUGACUUAAAAGAAACAGCUGGGGAGAAGCUGGGAAAGGAGGCGCGGGUCCUCUAUGAGCGGGGCAUGGAGUCCCUGAAGGCCAUGCUCCCCCUCUACGACACCGGCUCAGGGACCAUCUAUGACCUUCGGCACUUCAUGCUCGGCACCGCUCCCAACCUGGCCCGCUGGGACUAUCACACCACCCACAUCAACCAGCUCCAGCUCCUCAGCACCAUAGACGAGUCACCCAUCUUCAAAGAGUUUGUCAAGAGGUGGAAGAGCUACCUGCGAGGCGGCCGGGCAAAGCACAACUAGAGCUUCCAACCAAACCCCUCGCUCCUGCCGCCUCGCAGAGGUAUGCUUUCAAAAGGUCGUAUCCUAAAUUUUUUUUUAUGGACCGUUUCAAAGAAGUGAUCCUUAAAACUAGUCUCCUGAAAUCAUUGCAUUCCAGCGUGGAAACAUUUGGGUCUGAUGGGUAGGAUUUGGGAACUUCACCUGUCCUUAGUGCUCCACAGCAAAACUAUCUGCAUGAAAAAAAAAACCCUUUCUGCUCCUGAGUUCGGGGACAUUUUUUGGGGUUUCUUGGUUUUAGGUUGUUUUUUUUCCUUUUUGUAGGGAAAUAUUUGCAGAAGCCAUACAGGUCUCUAAAGUCCAGCACUUGCCUAAAAAGUUAGUCUGUGGCCUCUUUUAAAAUGGAGUUAUAUGUGUAUAUGUUGGAACAGCGUAACAGAUCAUGUGGUGUAAUGCCGUAAAUGUGUAUUUACUUGUAGCCUGGGUAGUGGACAGUGUAUCUUUUUAAAGGUGUUUUUGGUUUUUUUUUUUUCUUUUUUUAAGACAGAUCCUUUUUUGGGGGUGAAAAAUACACUCUUUUUUUUUUUUUUUUUUUUUUUUCCCCCCCCUAAUUCUCUAUACAGAGCUCCUUUAGCUGUAUGGUUUCUUUACAGACACGUGGACGGAAGACACGCGGACAGCGUGCGAGCUUCGCAGUCGCGUCACGUAAGCACAACUCAGUGGGGCUCGCACAAGACCUGCAACCACGCCCACCCCCCUUUUAUAAAGCCAAAUUUACCAUCGCCCGUCAGGUUUGCUGGUGUCGCCUCCUCCCUGGUAGCUGGAGUCUCUUAUCGUGGAGCCUGAUAUUUUUGAAUGGUAUUUUUUAAUUACAUUCGCUGUGCUUUGGCAAGUUUAUGCUUUGGGAGACUUGUCUUGAAUUCCUGAGUGUGACGUGGAGUUCAUUUUGAGUAGCGCGCAGGAAAUUCAAUUGGAAUUAAUUAAGGUUUUCCUAUGGUGAUUUUAAUUUUUAACCUGCUCGAGUAUAUCAAGCAUUUUAAAAAUUAAAAUUACCCCAGAAGGCUUUCCAGCUCCACCUGUGCUUUAAUACCAAGUUUCACCUCUGCCUGCUGUCUUAUUCAUUGUGAAAGGGGUUGUUACAUCUCCAGCGCUGGCUUCUUGGGUGUGCUUUGUCUUCGUGGCUCUGCCAGGCGAGCAGGGGAACCCGUGCAAUAACCAAACACAUGUGUGUGAACCCAAAUGCUUUCACCAGACUGUUGUAAUGCAGAAGAGACCAGUUGUUUUCGUUUUCCUAUUUAUCCGUCCUUUACACCCAACGUUCCUCCGCCUCCUCGGCAUGUAGCCUCCUGGUUGAUCCAGAAGAGUAAACCCAGCCGAUGGCACCGUUAGAUCAGGGAUGUUUUGUUUGGUAGCGUAGCAAAUACCGGGUUAUCAGCAAUGUUGGGGGGUGUGGGUGUUUGCUGGAAGGGUCUUGGGCUUGAAAGCUCCUGGCAGGGGAAGGACGUAUGUCAGCUUUGGGGUUUUUCCACUGAUCCUGUUACAUGUUGUACAUGUCGGUGGGAGUUAAACUUAAGAUGUUCAUACUGAGGACAGAGUUCAUUCAAAUCACAAAAAGGCUGGGCACAAGGUCAAUAUGCAUCUUGAUUUUUUUUCUUUAUUUUUUAAUGCUUUUUCUUGCAGAUGUUUGAAAAAACUUUUUAAUUACUUGAUCUUUGCGAACGCAUGCUAUGAUCAUAUCAAUAAGAGAAGUGAAUGUCACAGGAGAAAUUUCAAUACCAAAGGUAGCAGAGGUGAAUUUUUUUUUUUACAUACAUGCGUAUACACACACGCGUGCGCACGCCCACACACAACCCAGAAAAAUGUGCUUCCUUUACAAAUGAUUGUUCCUUACUGCAAACACAGAAACAUCUUUCUCCUGCAUGCUUCCUCCAUCUUUAGCCCAUUUUGGAUUUGGAGAAUCUAGAGAGACUCUUUGGGUCUACUGCUCAAGAAGAGAUGGUAUUGGUGCCUUACAGAGGCCACAAUUUUUUCUUUUUUUUUAUUUUUUCUUAAUUCCAGCUGAAAAAUUGCACUGGUGCUGAUCUUUCCAUGCUUUGUGAGACUCAGCCCGGCAGCUCUUGAAUAGGUGAGCUCAGAAUCGUAGGGUGGCCGUGUCAAGGCCGUCGGUCCUGUCAGACCAACAUUAUCCUUAACAUCUCCAUCACGUUUUCGUUGGCCUUAGCACAUGUGUAACUUAAACCAGCUGCCGUCAGGGGUGGUAGAACUGAAGGGAGCGAGGGUGGCGUUUCUCCUGUUACUCUUUUUUGAUUGAGUUGUGCAGUGGAAAAGGAUUAGUGGACAUCGGUGCCCAUAACUUCAUCGAAUUCACUUUAAGUUGGGGGUUGUUUGUUUGUUUUCAGUCUUCAAACUGACAAAGGUCUUAGGGACUAAGACCUGUUUCAUUUUUCCAUGGAGUUUACUGUACAUAGACUUCAUCAGAAGCAUAGUGUGCAUGGGUGUAUGCAAACCGGUGACACACAAGCACAACUGUCAAGUGUGGCAGCGCUGUUUCUCUCGGCCAUUGUGCAAGACAUUCACUGAAAGCUGCUAUUUUCAUUCACCUUGUAAUUGUACUUUAUUUUUUCUACAUUUUUUUUUUCUACAUGUGGGAUAGACACCAUGUGUUAAAUAUGCAAUAAAUUGUUUACAGGAUGCUCUUGUAAAGGGUAGUCCUUUGUAAAGCUGUACAGACUUUGCAGUUUAAGCACAAUGUGCACAUGUUAGUUUUAUAUACAGCAAGACAUGACUUUUUGCAAUGGGAAAGGUUCUACUAUGUUUAUAUACAAAGUAAAUGGAUCAACGUUUGUGCUUAAUGUAAAGCUGCUUUAUAAGACUGUAAAAUAAAUUUUUUUAUCUUAA